UAUAUAUAUAAAUUCGGAUGUGAGCCCGAAGUGUGUUGAGGAGGGAUAUGGGUAGUUUUAUAUAUUGUAUAAAAAAAUCGAGUUAUUUAAAAAAAAUCGAAUGUAAGUACUCAAUUUUUUAUUUUAAAAGAUAACUUAUAAGUUAUAAUAUUAAUAUUUACGUAGAGGUUUAAUUUCUUAUUGUACUCUCACUACUUUCACUUCUAUGCCGAUUCCUUUAUGAAGAUCUUGAAAUAUUAAUUACUAUAUAUAGAAGCAUAAAUUUCCAGACAAAGAAAAGGGUGUAGUUCUAGCAGAAAAACCAUACUUAAUGAAUGGGCAAUCUCUGGUCUUGUCCAAAGGCAAACAAUGCAAGUCUCUCUUAAAGCACUACAUUGCCGCUAAAUCCCUCACCGAAACGACCCAACUCCAUGCCUUAAUCAUAACGUCAGGCCUCCUUAGCCCCCAUCUCUGCUCAGACCUUUCUUGUUCAUAUGCUUGUUGCGGCCACAUCGACACUGCUCGCAAACUGUUCGAUGAAAUACCUCAUCCAACCUUGUUUCCAUAUAACAUGAUGUUGAAAAUGUACACAAAGAAUGGGUUCUAUUUGGAAACACUAAAUUUGUUUCUUGAGAUGGUUAACUUGGGGAAAUGCAUGGCAGAUAAUUAUACGUACCCUUUUGUUUUUAAGGCUAUCGGGGAAGAGAAGUUGGUUGAUUUCGGUAGGGUAGUUCAUGGGAGAGUUUUGAUGGGUGGUUUUGAAAAGGACAGUUUUGUGAUGAAUUCUUUGUUGGCAAUGUAUAUGAAUUGCGGGAAGAAAGAGGAAGGAGGGAAAGUUUUUGAUUCUAUGUUGAAGCCUAAUGUGGUUUCAUGGAAUUCGAUGAUUAGUGGGUACUUCAAAAAUGGACGCGCCAAGGAAGCUUUGGAAAUUUUUAAUAAGAUGGUGGAUGAUGAGGUGGUCGUGGAUUGUGCUACUGUUGUUUCGGUUUUGCCUGUUUGUGGAUUUUUGAAGGAAUUGGAGGUUGGGAGAAGGGUUCAUGAGUUGGUGAAAGAGAAGGGUUGGGAGAAGGAAGUAGUAGUGAGGAAUGCGUUAGUGGAUAUGUUCGCAAAAUGUGGGAGUAUGGAGGAAGCAAGGUUGGUUUUUGAUGGAAUGGUUCAAAGGGAUGUGGUGACUUGGACUUCUUUGAUCAAUGUGUAUAUUUCGAAUGGUGAUUUAAGAGCUGCAUUGAGACUUUGUUUCUUGAUGGUGCUUGAAGGUGUGAAACCUAAUUCGGUUACCCUUGCAUCUCUUCUUUCGGCUUGUGGGGAGUCGAACAAUUUAAUGGAUGGUAGGUGUCUGCAUGGUUGGGCAAUAAGGCAAAAACUUGAGGCUGAUGUUAUGGUGGAGACUUCAUUGAUCGAUAUGUAUGCUAAAUGCAAUCGAUUUGACCUUAGCUUCCAAGUUUUCAAGAGAACUUCAAAAAGGAAAACGGUUCCAUGGAAUGCAAUUCUCGCCGGUUGCAUUCAUAAUAGGCUUGGAAAUGAAGCAAUAAAACUUUUCAAAGAAAUGCUGAUAGAAGGGAUGAAACCUGAUGGUGCUACCUUGAAGAGUUUUCUACCUGCAUAUGCCAUCCAUGCAGAUUUACAGCAAGCAAUGAACAUGCAUUCUUAUUUGGUAAGGUCUGGAUUAUUGUCAAACAGUGAAAUUGCCACCGCGGUGGUUGAUAUAUAUUCAAAAUGCGGCCAUUUAGAAUCUGCUUACAAGAUCUUUAGUGGGAUACCUGACAAGAAAAAGGACAUUUAUCUGUGGAGUGUAAUAAUAGCUGGUUUUGGAGCACAUGGACAUGGUGAGAUAGCUGUUUCGCUUUUCAAAGAGAUGGUUCGAGCCGGGGUAAAGCCUAAUGAAGUUACUUUCACUUCUGUGCUGCAUGCUUGCAGCCAUGCUGGUUUGGUGGAUGAGGGUUUGGAUUUGUUUAAAUUCAUGCUUAUAAACCACCAAAUAAGUCCGGCAGAUGAUCAUUAUACUUGCAUUGUUGACCUUCUUGGCCGUUCUGGUAGACUGGAUGAGGCUUAUGAUAUCAUUAGAACAAUGCCGUACACACCUAGUCAUGCCGUUUGGGGUGCAUUGCUUGGUGCUUGUGUAAUACACGAGAAUGCUGAGUUGGGGGAGAAAGCUGCAAAGUGGCUUUUCGAACUGGAGCCAGAGAACACCGGGAAUUAUGUAUUGAUGGCAAAAAUUUAUUCUGCAGUUGGGAGGUGGAAAGAUGCAGAAAAUAUGAGACGUAUAAUAAAUGACAUUGGAUUGCGGAAAGCACCAGCUCACAGUUUGAUUCAGUCCAAAAUGGAGGCGAAACUUAAUCAGGAAAAUCCAGUAAUCUAUGUUGCUCGGGCUCAGAUAGAAGUGUUGGAUAUAGAUACGUAAUAUAUUUAUAGGUUUCUAAAAGGUCAUGGUCAUAUUCAUGUACUCGUGUCCAAAAGAUGUUUUGAACAUGAGCAUCGGACAUGAUAAAUUUGCAUUCAUCCGUAUGUUGUUUCAGUAUAUAUUUUAGUUGUGUUAUUGGGAAUCAAGUAUGAGUGUCAAAUGCAAAUAUGUUUAUUAUGAUUUUGUUUUUCAA